GAGCAGUAUUCUGUAAACGUUGGAACAGUAAUGGCGGAGACAAUGAAGCCGAGUGGAAAUCACGCUCCUCCUAAUGAAUCCAAUGAAAUGUCCAGCUACACGGACUGCAUGUGUGUGUUACUGAAGCUGCUUGCAGACUUCGGGAAAGAGCUAAAAUUAGGUGAUGCUGCUUUGAGAAUUGAAGUCAACACGGAUGCUGUGAAUCCUCAUCCAUCAUCUUCAGCUGCUAAUGUCUACAGUUGUUUGCAGGAGCAUAUCAUUAAGUUACAGGCUGUUUCAGAAAGCUUAAAGACACUGGUGGAUGCUGAAAGCGAUCGAUUAUCUACGAGGGGCAACACAUCAGAUGACGCUGUCACUUCAUCUUUACUCAAAGAGCAAACGACUGUACUAUCUGAGCACCAUCCUCCCAGCUCAGAGGCUACAGAGAGCAAGGCGGCAGCUGAUGACGUCAUGGUUCAGAUCAGAGCUGGGAAGUCAGAGAUCGAGCGGAGAAUAUCUGCAUUUAUGGAACGCAAGCAGAUGGAGAUCAAUGAAAACAAUGUGCGCGAGUUUUGCAACGUGAUCGACUGCAAUCAGGAGAACAGCUGUGCCAGAACAGAUGCAGUAUUCACUCCUUAUCCAGGUUUUAAAAGUCAUGUGAAAGUUACACGGGUGGUAAACACUUAUGGGCCCCAAACUCGUGGUGGGGGAGAGGCUGGGGAGCAGCAGAGGGGCCCAAUGGUAAGACACUGUGGAAACACAGCCAUAGAAGAGCGACUUCACAACAUCGAGAAUCACCUGAAACUCCCAACAGCGGGUCCAGUCCCACUGAGUGUCUACCAGAGGCUGAAGAAGCUGGAGGAUCGUAUCCUGGAGUUGGAAGGACUCUCACCCGAGUACUUUCAGUCUACGAGUCACCUUCACAAGCGACCAAAGACGUCUCCUGCUCAGGUCUGCAGUCUGACAGAGCUGGAUGAGAAGAUCAAUGCAGUGAAAGCAGCGCUACUAAAGAGGGUGAAUGAAUUUGGGCCUGGAUAUGGAACAGAGUGUCCACUGUAACUAACACAAAUCCCAAACACAACACAUUUGUCAAUGAAUUCAGCAUGUUUCCUCUGUUUUCAUAUGAGCCUCAUUCUGUGGCCAUGAUAUGUCUUUGAACAUCAGAAUAAUUCCUCUCAAUAGUUUUGUAGUUAAGUGAAAUAUAAUUGCUCUGUAAAUAAAGGUAUUUUUUCCUCAUCA